AUUAUGUAGUAAAUAUUUGUUGCAGAUGGCUUAUGAAGCUCGUGUGAGUGACCACAGGAGAAAGUGGGAUAUAGAUGAGUAUGAGGAGCUUGCCAAGGAGCGAGUCAGGGCAGAGCAGGAGGAGGAAGAAGGAGACAUUCACUCACUGAAAGCUCCUCCUGUCAAACGUGAACUUCUCAAGCAAAGAGACUACAAGGUUGACCUUGAUUCCAAACUUGGCAAAUCUCAGGUUAUCACCAAGACAACUCCUUUGUCAAACAGUGGAGGAUACUACUGCAAUGUGUGUGAUUGUGUGGUCAAAGACUCUAUCAACUUUCUGGAUCACAUCAAUGGGAAGAAGCAUCAGCGGAAUCUGGGGAUGUCCAUGCGCAUUGAGAGGUCUUCUCUUGAUCAGGUGAAGAAGCGAUUUGAAGCCAACAAAAAGAAAGUUGAGGAGAAGAAGCGAGAUUACAGCUUGGAACAGCGCAUGCAGGAAAUCCGGGAAGAGGAGGAAAAGCUCAAGGAAUACAGGAGAGAGCAGAGGAGGGAGAAGAAGCGAAAGGCAGAGUGUCAAGAUGAAGACUUUGGUGAUGCUGAUCCUGAUAUGGCAGCUGUCAUGGGAUUUGCUGGCUUCUCCUCCUCAAAAAAGAAGCACUGA